AUGAGACCAACAGCCAGAGCGCUCAUGGCAGCGGCCAUGCAAUCGGGCAACAGCCUCAAACCGACACCGAUGGCGCUGCUGCCCCCGAUUUAUUUGUACCGGCGGUUGCUGAGGGCGCACAGGAAGCACCUGCCGGCGGAGAUGAGGUUGUUGGGGGAUGAGUAUGUCAAGGCGGAGUUUAGGGCGCAUAGGAGCGUGGAGAAUCCGGUUCAUUUGAUCGGCUUUCUCACGGAGUGGCAGCUGUACGCGCAGAAGGUUGAGGGGGAUGCUUGGAGGGGGGAGAAGUUGGAUGAGGGGAAGAUUCAGAAGAUGAAUGAUGAGCAAAUCGGGCAGUUGUAUGAGCUUAUGCAGGCGAUACAAAAGAGGGGGACAGAGGGGAAUGAGUCGUAG